UCAAAACAAAACCUCUCUAAAACGGAAAAUCUCAGCUUCUCUCUCUCUUCUAUUCCGGUUUUUGGCUACCACACCGUCUCCGAAGAGGUUAUGGGUUUUUUCUCAGGAUACACGGAGCUUGAGCAGCAGCAGCAGACAAGUCUAUCUCGUGUUUGGGGGUUUCGAAGAGACUAACGAGAUUCGUGGAUUUCGUCAAUUCCUGGGUUUUCUCUAGAUUGUCGUUUCGGUGGUGUUUUUUUGGGGAUAUAAGGAAAACAUGGAACCCAAUGAGGAAGAUAAUGUGUCAUUGACACCUACUGCUCAAAUCACAGCACCUCCACAGCCAGGUUUCUCUGCCUUACCACCUGUGGUUCCUCCUUCUUUCCCCCCACCAAUGGCCCCAAUACCAAUGAUGCCACAUCCUCCAGUUGCCCGUCCACCUACUUUUAGGCCACCUGUUUCACAAAAUGGUGAAGCGAAAGCCAGUGACUCAGAUACGGAUUCAGACGAUGAACAUUUUGAGAUAUCUGAAGGGAGUAGGCAGGUCAGAGAAAGACAGGAAAAGGCAAUGCAAGAUUUGUUGGUAAAGCGUCGUACUGCUGCUGUCGCAGUUCCAACAAAUGACAAAUCUGUUAGGGAUCGCCUUAGACGACUUGGGGAGCCCAUUACUCUAUUUGGAGAACAGGAGAUGGAGAGAAGAGCUAGGUUGGCUCAGCUUAUGGGUAGGCUUGAUUUGAAUGGGCAGUUGGAUAAACUGCUUGAAGCUCACGACGAAGAUGCGGCGCCUAAAGAAAAAGUGGAUGAUGAUGUACCUGAAUACCCUUUUUUUACCGAGGGUCCAAAGGAACUUAGAGAGGCUAGAAUAGAAAUUGCCAAGUUUUCUAUCAAGAGAGCUGCUGUCAGGAUUCAGCGUGCAAAGCGGCGGAGGGAUGAUCCAGAUGAAGAUAUGGAUGCAGAGACUAAGUGGGCUUUAAAGCAGGCUAGAAACAUGGUCCUUGAUUGCAGUAAUUUUGGAGACGAUCGUCCUCUUACUGGCUGCUCCUUCUCUCGCGAUGGAAAAAUACUUGCCACAUGUUCUCUAAGUGGAGUUACGAAACUGUGGGAGAUGCCUCAAGUUACAAAAAAGAUCGCUGUCUUGAAGGACCACAAAGAACGUGCAACUGAUGUAGUGUUCUCCCCUGUGGAUGAUUGUCUAGCAACUGCUUCUGCUGAUCGAACUGCAAAGCUGUGGAAAACUGAUGGAACGCUCCUACAAACUUUUGAAGGUCAUUUGGAUCGUCUUGCACGGGUUGCCUUCCACCCAUCAGGAAGAUACCUGGGAACAACCAGCUUUGACAAAACAUGGAGAUUGUGGGAUAUAAACACAGGUGCAGAGCUGCUUUUGCAAGAAGGUCACAGUCGCAGUGUCUAUGGAAUUGCAUUUCAACAAGAUGGAGCAUUAGCAGCUUCUUCUGGGCUUGAUUCACUCGCACGGGUUUGGGAUCUCCGCACUGGUAGGAGUAUUCUUGUCUUCCAAGGACACAUCAAGCCUGUACUCUCAGUGAAUUUCUCUCCUAAUGGUUAUCACUUGGCAUCUGGUGGUGAGGAUAAUCAAUGCCGUAUUUGGGAUCUGAGAAUGAGAAAGUCACUGUACAUUAUCCCAGCUCAUGCUAACCUUGUGUCUCAAGUGAAGUAUGAACCACAAGAAGGCUACUUCCUGGCCACUGCCUCAUACGACACGAGAGUCAAUAUAUGGUCGGGAAGAGAUUUCUCGCUCGUCAAAAGCUUAGCAGGGCAUGAGUCAAAAGUUGCCUCGCUCGAUAUCACUGCAGAUAGCUCGUGUAUCGCCACUGUAUCACAUGACCGCACCAUCAAGCUUUGGACGAGCAGUGGAAAUGGUGAAGAUGAAGAUGAAGGGAAAGAUACAAUGGACAUAGAUCUUUAGAGAUUAGCUUGUUAGAGAGAAUCCUUAAAUCGUUAUUGAUAUCUUGUCGGGAUCUAUACAAAUUCAGGAUGAUGAUGGCACAUUGUCUUUGAGAAUUUUUGCCAUUUUGUUCAACAAAAACAAACGAGUCAACUUUGUUUAGAUGAGUUACUUCAAACCAUCUUAACCAAAAAUUACGUUACUGUAUUAGAUUGUACAAGAAACUAAAGUAAUGGUUCUGUAUUUGUCAGAGGCAAAGCAGGAGCGAGAUUUGCGGUUAGAAACUCUCUAGCUCAAGCUGUAGUUGAAGGCACUGGAGAUCAUUGCUGUGAAUAUAUGACUGGUGGAGUGUCGUUGUUGUACUUGGGAAAGUUGGUAGAAAUGUAGCCGCCGGGAUGACAGGUAGAUUGGCAUAUAUCCUUGACGAGGACAAUACACUCCUCCCUAAGGUGAACAAGGAGAUAGUGAAGACCCAAAGACUGACUUCACCAGUGGGACAAACACAGCUUAAGGGCCUGAUCCAAGCUCAUGCGGAUAAAACGGGAAUCAGCAAAGGAGCAAUGAUAGUAGAGGAAUGGGACAAGCAUCUAGGAAUGUUCUGGCAACUAAAAUUAAAUCUAAUGGUAGAUUGUAACUGUUGCUCAGUUCAGACAGCCUUAAUGUAAUUUGCUUCAGUUCAGCAGUUUUUCAUAUUCUUCUCCU